AUGGCGUGGGAUAGAAUAGCUUGCCCUAAGAAGGAUGGUGGAUUGGGCUUUCGUGAUCUUCGAGCUUUUAAUAUGUCUAUGGUAGCAAAGCAGGAAUGGAAAUUGUUAACUUGUCCUCGGGCUCUUGUUUCGAAAAUCUAUAAAGCUGGGUAUUUUCCAAAAACUUCCUUUUUUGAAGCGUCUAUUGGUAACAAUCCUAGUUUUGUUUGGAGAAGCAUCUGGCAAGAUAGAAACGUGUUAACCCUUGGAUGCAGGUGGGGGAUUGGAGAUGGAAAUUCUGAGGAUAUCAUUCGAGUCCCGUUGUUGGAUGGAGUGAGAAAGGAUCGUUGGAUUUGGAAGGAAGAACAAAAUGGUGUUUAUAGCGUUCGAUCGGGUUACAGAUUAUGGAGAAACAAUCAAGAGAAGUUUGUGAAUAGAAGGGUGAUUGGGAAUUGGGGGAAUCUUUGGAGUAUCAAAGCUCAGCCUAGAAUCAAACAUCUUUUAUGGAGAAUCUGCAGGGAUUACUUACCGAUCCGUUCUCGGCUCCACCAUCAUCAUGUUCAAUGUCCACUUGAAUGUUUGAAUGAUAUUGUCUUACCCCGCCUCACUUCGUUCCAUGAUGUUAAAUCUAUUAUUCUUGAUAUUUGUACUAAUGAGGAUAGUCGAACGGCAGGGCGUUUUUCUACUAUGCUUGAUGUAAUUUGGAAUAAUAGAAACAAGGCUAUUUGGAACAAUGAAACUGACGCGACAUCUACGCUUGGUACACAAGCGUUUUAUAGGUGGCAAGAUUGGUACUUAGCGCAAGAUUGGAAGGAAAGUGGAAAUUCUGAUCAUCGUCCAUCGGUUUGGGAGCCGCCAGACACCGGGUGGUUAAAGUGUAAUGUAGACGCGGGCUUCAGCAAUAACCGUGGUACUACUAACAGGGGAUGGUGUGUGAGAGAUAACCGUGGUAGUUUUAUCUUAGGAGGCAUAGCUUGGGAUUUGGAUCUUCUUUCCGUUGUCGAAGCAGAGGCUUUGGCCUUGAAGGAGGCAAUCCAAGGAGCUAUAACAAAUCAUUUGGAUAAAGUUAUAUUUGAAAGUGAUGCUCUAAAGGUGGUUCAAGCGAUUCAUUCUAACCAUUGUGGAAAUUCUGAAUUUAGUGUGAUCAUCUUAUCUACCCAAAGCUUGUUACAAAUUUAUUCCAACUUUGAGGUUAAGUUUGUUAAGCGCCAAGCAAAUAUGGUUGCUCACUCGUUAGCGAAUGUGGCCAUUUCUUGGUCUAGGCGUAGUUCUUUUAAUGUACCUCCUCCUUGUAUUGAGCAUAUUUUGAUUAAUGAAAUGUGUUAA